AUGUCUGAGACCGAUGCCCCCGCUCCCGCGCCCGGGAGGAGGCGUCUGCAGCUGAAGCCCAGGGAUCCAGAAGCAGCAGCCAAGUUGGAGGCCGAGAGGCAGGCACACUUGAGUGCCAAGAACCCGUUUGGCGCCGCCAAGCCGCGUGAGGCUGUGAUUGCCGAGAAGCUUGGCAAGACUGAGGAGGAGGUGCUGAAGGAGGAGGUCACCAAGGAGAAGCUGCACCUGCGCCUGAGCGGCGCCCAGCUUGAGGAGAAGCGGGAGGCGGAGGGGGCGGUGCAGGACCUGCAGGAGCAGCUGGAGCUGGAGGGGGAUGAGGGCAAGCGCGCUGAGCUGGCGGCUGAGCUGGCGGCACGCCAGGGAAAGCUGGAUGAGAUGAUGGACAAGUUUGCGAAAGCGACGCUGGAGACUGCACUGUCCGGCGGCGCGCCCCGCGUGUCCCAGAUCCGCCAGCAGCAGCAGCUCCAGGCGGAGGCGGCCGGCGGAGGCGGCGGCGGCGCCUACGGCCAGCGCUACGGCGGCGGCCAGCCCUACGGCGGCGCCGCCGGCGCCGGCGGCAGCUUCGGCGGCAGGGAGUUCAAUGACGGCGGGUUUGGCGGGCGGGGCGGCGGCGGCGGGCGCGGCGGCGGCGGCGGCGGCCGCGGCUUCACAAACUACCAGGACCGCGGAGGCUUUGCGGACAGCUACCAGCAGGGCUCAGACCGCCAGAACAGCGGAGGCUACGGCGGCCGGCGGUCGGGCGGCAGCCAGCGCCUGCCGGAGUGGGCACUGGAUGAUGCGUCUGCAGAUGCGGGGUUCUAUGACGCUCCCGCCGCCACCUCAGCCUUCAUCGCCAGCGGAGGCUACCCCAGCACCAGCCCCAGCGCCGGCUCGGGAUCCUUUGGCAGCGACAGCUUCGGGGGCGGCGGCGGCGGCGGCCGGGGCGGCGGCCGCGGCGGCGGCGGCCGCGGCGGCGGCGGCCGCGGCGGCCGCUCUUACGGCAACGGCGGCUUCGACGCCGGGUUCCCCGCGGGGCGGGGGCUGGGCGGGGAGUUUGAGUACACCGAGGGCGACAGCAGCUUUGGUACCGGCCAGGACCGCUUCUGA